UUUUUCCUUCCCUUUCUUUCUAAUUUGUCUCUUCGUUUUCCAAUUCUAUAUAUGUGUGCAUGCUUGCCCAGAUAAACACUUCACAUCUAGCAAGCAAUAACAGGAAGAAAAUAAAAUCAGUUUCCUCCAUCUUCUUCUUCCUCCUUCAUCUUCUUCGUUUUCUGAGUUUUUUUUGGUCAUGGGGAGGGGGAGGGUUCAGUUGAAGAGGAUCGAGAACAAGAUCAACAGGCAGGUCACUUUCUCCAAGAGGAGAGCCGGGUUGUUGAAGAAAGCUUAUGAGAUCUCCAUUUUGUGCGAUGCUGAGGUCGCUCUGAUCGUCUUCUCCCACAAAGGGAAGCUCUUUGAAUACUCCAGUGAUUCCAGCAUGGAGAGGAUCCUUGAACGUUAUGAAAGGUAUUCGUAUGCAGAGGGACAGCUUGUUGCAUCUGAGUCUGAUCCUCAGGGCAACUGGUCCAUGGACUACAAUAGGCUCAAGGCUAAGGUUGAGCUCUUGCAGAGAAAUCACAGGCAUUACAUGGGAGAAGAAUUGGACUCACUGAGUCUCAAGGAGCUGCAGAAUUUGGAGCAGCAGCUUGAUACUGCUCUUAAGCUUAUUCGUUCGAAAAAAAACCAACUCAUGUAUGAGUCAAUCUCUGAGCUUCAAAGAAAGGAGAAGGCAAUACAGGAGCAAAACACCAUGCUAGCAAAGCAGAUCAAGGAGAGGGAGGAGACAGUCGCGCAGCAGCAGCAGUCACAGUGGGGGCAGCAAAACCAUGGCCUCAACUCAUCAUCCUUUCUACUGCCACAGCCUCCGCCCUGUCUGAAUAUCGGCGGCACAUACCAGGAAGAAGCAACAGAAAUGAGGAGGAAUGAACUUGAUCUUACUCUGGAACCUAUUUAUUCAUGCCAUCUGGGAUGCUUUGCUGGUUGAAAAUCGGUACAGUUUCAUCAAUGCUUUCGAGUUUAUGUUAAUAUGAACAUAGAUCCAUGCAAAGGAUGAGAAAGAAGACUCAUGCCUUUUAUGUCUACAUUGAUUUAACAUAUAUAUAUAUAUAUAUAUAUAUAUGUGGACGAUAAGUGUAUAUCUGGAUCUUGUAUUUCUGUCGUUAUCAGUUGCAGCCUAUCAC